CGGCAGUCACGGCGGCGAGAGUUAAAAAGCUCUUUCACGCGGCGGCCCCGCUGGGAAGAGGAGCGGGAGAAGUGAAAGGAAAGUGCCCGGGGGACUCCCCGCCAGGGAGGGCGCUUCUCCCCUUGCCCGGGCUGAGCAGAAUUCUAGAUUGUGAUUACAAAGGUUACCUAAGAAACCAAUUGCAGUAAUACAUUUCAUGAAGAGCCCAUAACACAUGUUCUCCAAUCAAUUUACUCAAUGAAUCUGGAAUGGAAAGUGAUUUGUUGGACAUGUACAAAUUCAAAAGAAUUGCUUUUGGUCCUCAUAUGGAAACCUGGAUCCUGCAGCUACAAAUUCUUUGCUCAGCAUUAACCUGAACAAAGGUUAUGCAGCAAAAUGGAACAUAUAUUUCAAGGAGCAAAUUUGGUAUGGGAUUUUAUGCCAAAGUACAAAGAAAAGAUCAGCACAGUCUUUACUAAUGGCAUUCUCUUCCAGAUCCAGAAGGUAUUCUAUGAAAAGACACUUUGUAAAGAUGCUCCAAGAAGGAGAAGCAUCCCCUAGGAGAAGCAUCAAAGACCAGGAUCGAGGAUGGGCUUGGAUGGUCUUAGUAGCCACAGUGCUGGUUCAAGGUCUAACACUGGGUCUUCCUUCAAGCAUUGGAGUCUUCUUCAAGGAUCUGCAGCGUGAUUUCCACGCUACCAAUAGUGCGACAUCAUGGUUCCCCUCCAUCAUGGCAGCUGUCCUCCAUGCAGGUGGUCCUCUUUGUAGCAUUUUGGUGGAGCGAUUUGGCUGCAGGAUAACAGUCAUGGUGGGAGGCCUGCUCAGUGGAGUGGGCAUGGUUGCCAGUGCUUUCUCCAACUCACUUAGCGAGCUUUACCUAACAGCCGGAUUAAUCACUGGCCUGGGAUCAUCUUUUAGCUUCCAAGCAAGUGUCACCGUACUUGGUUAUUAUUUUAUACAGCGGCGAGCAUUAGCCAAUGCCCUGGCUUCCACUGGGGUUUCUCUUGGCAUGACUCUGUGGCCUCUACUUUCCCAAAACCUGCUUGAUGAGAUGGGCUGGAGAAACUCAUUUCUAAUCUUUGGGGGAGUGUUGCUGAACUGCUGCGUUUGUGGGGCUGUGAUGAGACCAGUCCCAGGUAAGGUGACUGCCCUUUCACUGAAAUCUUGUUCUGAACAGUCAGCUGGAGGAAUGCCCAAUGGUCACACUUCGCAUCAUAAAGAACAAUGUCAGUCGAGAUUUACUGCGUGUUCCCAGACCCUGAAGAAGUACUUAGCUUUUGAUAUCUUCUGCAAGAACAAAGGCUAUCAAAUCUAUACCCUUGGAGUUACCUGGAUGGUGAUGGGUUUUGUGCUGCCUCUCGUUUACUUGGUGCCCUAUGCCAUCUUCAAUGGAGUGGAGGAACAGAAAGCAGCCCUCCUAAUUGCCAUUAUCGGAUUCACCAACAUAUUUAUGCGCCCAAUGGCAGGCCUUGUCUCAGGCCUUAGUGUCUUCACUGGCAGGAGGAUCUACCUCUUUAGUGCAGCUGUAAUGUUCAACGGCCUGAGCAACCUCAUCUGUGCUAUUUCAGCUGACUAUAGUAUUCUUGUCCUCUACUGCUUGGUCUAUAGUGUCUCCAUGAGUGUCAUCGGUGCGCUUCUCUUCCAAGUGUUAAUGGACGUAGUGGAAAUGGACAGAUUCUCUAGUGCCUUGGGUCUUUUCACCAUCUUGGAAAGUAUCACCAUUCUUAUUGGACCCCCUCUUGCAGGUCUUCUUGUGGAUCUUACAGGACACUUUAGUUAUGUCUUCUAUGCUUCCAGCUUCUUCAUGGUGUCAGCUGCUCUGUUCAUGGGUAUUAGCUUUUGUGUAUUGGAAGCAAAAAACAAAUUGAAAGAAACUAAUAAGCCAUCCCCUGAAGAUCCCUCCAGAGGAAAAUACACAGAAGUGCCAACUGAAUCUGUGCCUGUGAAAAACAGUCCUCCUGAAGUAAUCUAUAUAACGAGCAUCUGAAUGCAAAGGAGCUGAAAGAAUGUUGUAUUAUGCAAAAAUGCAAAAGCCAGGGGAAGGGACGUCACACGAAGAGAAGUGCCUCUUUUUUAUGCUCGCUUCCUUCCUUCCUGAUACAAUGGUCGACUCAACUGGGUUUGGUUCAGAUUUCUAGAGAAAUUAUCCAGAUAGGAAGACACCCAAGCACUAAGGAGCACUUUAAACAAAAUGUACAGGAUGCAAGUCUUAUGACAACAUCUGCUAUUACUUGAAGCAUAACAAAUUACUGUUAUCAGGUUUUCUUACAGACUCUUAGUAAAAACAGGACAUUCAUCUUUUCGGUUAUUAAUUAUCUUGUUUUCUAAAACAAGCAAACUGAGCAUAAUAUUGCUUAUACGGGACUUUUGGUUUUGGAGAAGUCUAUUGGUAGCAGUUAAGCUUAUAUUGAAGUCAACUGGUGGACUUCUUUCCCAGUAUGAGUGCAGAAUUCUUAUUUAUUGAUCUCUACUGCUAGUUUCUUGAAUGUUAAGCAGAAGUGUUCAUCCCUGUUUUAUAAUUUGAGGGCAUUUUCUAGAGGAAUGUAUCAUGCCACUUAAAGCAACCUGAGUGGAAUUAUAUGCACUGCUGUAACCAAAGUGAAUAUUUUCUGCAUUUCGAGGCCUUUUAUGGAGACAAUAAAGUUUCAAUACUGAAACUGCAAGUUAAAAGUGGACAGCUCCAAAGUGCCUAUGCAGUAACCAAUAGUGUCUUACAUUUUUCUUCCUCUUCGAAUAUAUGUUGCUGCAAAGAAAGUGUCAUGACACUUUCUAGAGCUGUGGUGGCAAAGUGGUUAGAAUGCAGUAUUGCAGGCUAAUUCUGCUGACUGCCAGCAGUUUGAUUCUUAUUGUCUCAAGGUUGACAUAGCCUUCCAUCCUUCCAAGGUCAGUAAAAUGAGGAUUCUGAUUGUUGGGGGCAAUAUGCUGACUCUGUAAACUGCUUAGAGACAUCUGAAAAACAUUAUGAAAUGGUAUGUAAGUCUUAAGUGCUAAGUCAUGACCAUACAGUGAGGUGGACAUCUUAUUUUUGGGGGACCACUAGAUCCUAUCACUUUCAAAAUGUCAGUAUGGUACAGAAAGUCAUCUUUGUUCUUGUCUUUGCUGGGAUAUAGUAGGCUUCCAUGGUUUCUGUAGAGCCAAAUCUUUACAUACAUAAAGAUAUGUAAAGCAGCAAAAAGAUAAUCUUGUAGGUUUAAAGGAAAUUAGGUUUUAGAAAUGCUGCUUCUCUCAGGCAAUAGGUCGAAAUAAAGACCAUCUCUGUUCUGGAUUGGAAUUCUCAAGAAAACUAUACAGUUAAGAGGUUGGUAUUUCUCUUUGUUUCUGUUUUACUCUGAACAUGAUUUCCUUCGUCUAUUUUUUAAAAACACAGCAGUAUUUAUAUUGGAACAUGAGUAUGUUUCAACCCAGGCUAGCUUACUUGCUUUUGACAGUUCAGAUUUUCAUUUCAUAUUCUACUCUUCCAUUUCUAACCUCUCUGUAAACAUUCAUCUUAGUUAAGUCUUCUGAAGUCCAUACUGGUUUUUAAUGAAAGAAAAUAUUGGCUAGAAACUCAAGCACUUUACAACAUAUAGAUUUAAAAGAGCAGAUGUUGAAAUGAAAUAAGAAGGAAGUCGCAGCACUAAUGAUCAACCUAAAAGUUGAUUUUAAUCUAUAUCAGUGGUGAAAUUCAGCCGGCUCUAUCUGGAUUGUGCGAUCUGGUAGUGCUGGUGGUGGGAAGCUCCUCCCACCUUCCCGGACAUCAUCACGUCCGAUUUUUGACCCUCUGCACAUGCGCAGAAGGCUCUGUGCAUGCUGAAAAGGCUCUCUGCAUGUGUGGAGGAGGUGCGCGUGAGCAUAGCGAGUGUGCACACUCACAUUUGCAAACCAGUAGCAAAGAUAAGUGAAUACCACCCCUGAUUUAUAUGAAUUGAAAUGACAAGAAUGCAGGAUUGGCCCAAAGCAUAUUGAUGUCCAGAAGUGUUAAAAUUAGCCCAAGAUUAUUUUCUGCUUUGAAUAACUGGGGGGUGGGGGGGAGAAGGGGAAAAGGAAUUUUCUAGAAUUGUAUGAGUGAAGUUGAACACGCAGAUGGCAUGUCCACCGACAUGGUUCGGAAAAACCCUACUCUGAAAGUCAAGCCUCCAAACUUCUAAAGUCUGGAUGUGGUUUUUUUUUUAGCAUGAUACAAUGAAAAUAAUCUUGUGUAUGUGAAUCUCUGUGAACAUAGUGUAUACAGAGUAGAAAGCGGAGGAAAAUCUAUCUGCAUAGGAUAAACAAAAUGUACUGGUAUUUUCAAUCUUGCAUUUCAGUUAUUAAAAGCCUGCUACCAAGGUUAGAGGGUGACAAGUUAUGAAGAAUACUUUGACCUAUUGGAAAGGGCGUGGCUAGCGUCAUGGCAAGAUGACCCGUCCCUUGGGAGCUCCGGGAACAGCGCUGAUAUCCAAGCUGCCGGGCGGUCCUUUUGGACCAUGAAUCGGCUUGAAGGGAUGAGGAAUGAAGAGAGCGCACCCUGCUGAUCUCAGGGAGCCCGCAAACUUCCUGAUUGAUUCGGAGAAGGCUCUCAAACCCAACGGAGUGGAAAAGACGGCCAUUGCAUGCCGGCCCUACUUUUUAAGAUGUCUUGGAGUCAUCUGACUGGCUAGUGUAGUGGAAAGAGAAAAUUACACUGGGUAAACUUUAGUUUACAUUCUUAGAUUUCUUGCAUUAUACAAAUAUAAAUACCACAAAGUUCUAAUGCAAGAAUAAAAUAACAUUUAUUCGAUAUUAAAUACUCCUCGGCCACUGAAUGGAACCUUUUUUUGAAAAUUAUAAGUUAUUUGAUAGGAAGGUUGGUUAGAUGGUUUUGAAACAGAAAAAUGAUACCUAGAUAGACUUCUGUCUUAAAAUAAUUUGCAAUGCCUUAGUUUCUGGAUUGUGGUCAGUUUAUUACUAGAUAACUGCAUUAUUUACUGGAAAUUUUAUGGGAAGCCUUUCAAAUAUCUGUGUAAGUCAAAUGCACUUAGUAAUACUUGCAAACGUGGAAGCACUAAAGUGUAUCAGUAGAGAAGCUUUUAAAAGAAGACAAAGAGCCACUGUGCUUGUUUCAGGAUUAAGAGUCAUCUUGUUAUUACUUUUUUCUGAAUACAUGAUUUGAAAAGGGUCCAAGUCUGCUUUUUCUAUUCUUUUUGAAUAAAGCCUCUCUGCAUAAAGA